AUAGUUGUGCAGGGAGGGGAGAAACAUUGUGUGUGUGUGUGUGAGUGUGUGUUUGUGUGUGUGUGUGUGUGUAUAUGACGGGGUGGAGUGUGUGAAAAGAGGAAGGAGGAGAAUUGAUAUUCUCACAUUUCAGCACAUGCCUCUACUUACACAUAGAGAUGUAUGGAUUAUGACAGACAGCUGUCCAGUCUCUCUUGGUUUUAAUUGCCCGAGCGUCAGUCGGUCGGUGUGAGGUGUCGCGGUCGCUCUCACCUUCCUCCUUGUGGUUGACGCGUCCUCACUUGUGGAGCGAUGACUGAUCUCAGGGCAGCUAAGGAUGACUUACUGGGGGCGCUGCCCAGCCGCCCCCCCACUGAGCCUUUACGCAACAGACGGUGCCACAGUGACAGCUCGGACCUGUUUGCCAUGAUCGAGAGGAUGCAGGGUUUCAGAAUGGAUGAGCAGAGAUGCAGCCUCCCCCCGCCCCUCAAGACAGAAGAGGACUAUAUCCCUUAUCCCAGCGUCCAUGAGGUUCUGGGUCGCUGCAGCCCUUUCCCACUCAUCCUGCUGCCACAGUUCGGAGGCUACUGGAUCGAGGGAAACAAUCAUGAGCCCAAAGAAGCACCGGAGGCUGAGCAACCUCCCUGUCCCUCCACCCACAUCAAACUGGAGACCAACAGCACCGCCAAGAUCUACAGGAAACAUUUCAUGGGCAAGGAACACUUUAAUUACUACACCAUGGACGCUGCCCUGGGCCACUUGGUCUUUUCCAUGAAGUAUGAUGUCAUUGGGGAUCAAGAGCAUCUGCGCUUGAUGCUUCGCACAAAGCUAAAAACCUACCACGAUGUUAUUCCCAUCUCCUGCCUUACCGAGUUCCCCAAUGUUGUUCAGAUGGCCAAGCUUGUUUGUGAAGAAGUUAACGUGGACCGGUUCUACCCCGUCCUCUACCCGAAGGCGUCAAGGCUCAUCGUCACCUUUGAUGAGCACGUGAUCAGCAACAACUUCAAGUUCGGAGUUAUUUAUCAGAAGUUCGGCCAGACAUCGGAGGAGGAGCUGUUCGGGAACAUGGAUGAAAGUCCGGCCUUUGUGGAGUUCUUGGAGUUCCUGGGCCACAAGAUUGAGCUUCACGACUUCAAAGGGUUCCGAGGGGGGCUGGAUGUCGCUCACGGGCAGACGGGCACAGAAUCCAUCUACACAAACUUCCAUAAUAAGGAGAUUAUGUUCCACGUGUCCACCAAGCUGCCGUACACGGAGGGAGACUCGCAGCAGCUGCAGAGGAAGAGGCACAUCGGCAACGACAUCGUAGCCAUCAUGUUCCAGGAGGAGAACACGCCCUUCGUCCCAGACAUGAUCCAGUCCAACUUCCUGCACGGCUACGUGGUGGUGCAGGUGGAGAACGCGUGCACGGACAAUGUCACCUACAAGGUGUCUGUGACAGCGAGGGAUGAUGUUCCUUUCUUCGGGCCGGCUCUGCCUGACCCGGCCAUCUUCAAAAAGGGCCCAGAGUUCCGUGAGUUCCUCUUCACCAAGCUCAUCAACGCAGAGUACGCCUGCUACAAGGCUGAGAAGUUUGCCAAGCUGGAGGAGCGCACACGCACUGCCCUGCUGGAGACGCUCUACGAGGAGCUGCACAUCAACAGCCAGUCCAUGAUGGGUCUCGGUGGGGAUGAAGAUAAGCUGGAGAACGGGGGCGGAGGAGGAGGAGGAGGAGGAGGAGGCUUCUUCGAGUCCUUUAAGCGGGUCAUCCGCAGCAGAAGCCAGUCUAUGGACGCCAUGGGCCUCAGUAACAAGAAGUCACACACAGUCUCCACUAGUCUCAGUGGCAGCUUUACCCACAAUCCCGCAGAGAGCCCCAAAACCCCAGGGAUUUCAUUGCUUGUCCCGGGGAAAAGUCCCAGUAGAUAUGGACGACGAGGCAGUGCCAUAGGGAUAGGAACGAUAGAAGAGUCAUUGAUCAUUCCUGGGAAAAGCCCAACCAGGAAAAAGUCGGGGCCCUUCAGCUCCCGGCGCAGCAGCGCCAUCGGCAUCGAGAACAUCCAGGAGGUCCAAGAGAGGAGCCGGGAGGCGUCGCCGAACCCCCAGAGGACGUCGGACAUCAGCCACAUGUGGCUGGAAAAUAGAUCUGACAACUCGUCCAAUCACAGCUCUCCAGAGUUUCCUGCCCCCAGGAACAGUUUGGCGAUGUGUUACAGGGCGCCGUCCAUCCCCGAGGCCCAGGACCUUUCCCGCUCUUCCUCCAACGCCAGCAGCUUUGCCAGUGUCGUGGAGGAGCAGGAGGAGGAGGAGGAGGAGGCCGAGGAGGAGUACGACACCGGACUGGAGAGCGUGUCCUGUGUUACGCCACUCAAGCAGGACUCCUUUGCGUUCAGCCCUGUUGCUGAGGACAGUGUGAGCAGCACCGGCCUGGGAGGUUUUCCAGCCUCUCGUCUUGAGCAGCAAGCGGAUGGAGCGAAGACGCCGGAGCCGAAAGGGACGGACGGCAGGUCCAAGACGGAGCCCCCCCCGCAGGAGCAGAAGUCCUCGUCGAACUGUUAGCCCCAACCCAAAUGAAACAAAAUCAACGUCCAUUUUCAGCAUUACCAUUAGAGGCAUUUGCCAAAAAUGAGCAGAGGGCAGUGGUGAUUUCCACCGCUGAUGCAGAAGGGGAGCAGAUAGAAGCCCGAACAGGAGACCGAGGGAUCUGCCGCCUGUCACGAUGAGACAUCCAGCUUCACGGACGUGUUCCUACCUGUCGCCCUCAUUCUAGCUCCACGGGGAAUCCGUCUUAAACGCUCGAGGUGAAGACAAAGAGACCUCCACCUCCACGUCUGGCUGACGGACUGUCACGUGUCAGCUGGCUUAGCAGAGUAUGUCUGCCUGCCCCGCUCUCCAGGCCAGCAUACGCUCUGAGCUCUGAGACCUGAUUCUUUCUGUAAACUGCCCCUCUCCAAUGUCGUGUGUCUGCUUUUCAAGAUAAGGAAUUGAUGAACGAGGGACUUUAAUCUCGAGUGGAGAAGCCGAGGGUCCGUAGAGAGAAGCGUUGCACUAGAGAGGAAAUGUGUUUUUAAUGUCAGCCUCGCAUCCCACUGUGAUAUUGUCCAUGGGUUUUAAAUGUACCGGGUGUGCGUGUGUGUGUGUGUGUGUGUGUGUCAGUCAGGCCAUGUUUUGGUUUUAUUAUCUAUUCCUCUUCUUCUGAGUAUCCUGCUGUGAAUAUUGGUUGUAAACUCCUCGUGGUUUUGAUGGAGGGUACGUGACCAUGCUGCUGCUGGUGGCGUCAUUAGCAUCAUUUCCACAGAAAAUGUGUCUGAAAAUGUUUUUUUCCAUUCAAAAUGUCUUUGUUCAAGAAACUCAGACUGUGAUGAUGCUCUAUACAUAUGAACAGAACUACUGUAGAGCCCCAACCAGCAACAUGCAUCCUCCCAUCAAGCUGUUCAGAACUCUGCUCCCAAUCCUCUCUGUCACACGCUCCCCUUGUUGAUUUGAUGUCUGUGUACGGGUGUGUUAAACAAACGGUUCUGUGCAUGGUGUAAAUCUGCUUGCCAAAAAAAAAAAGAAAAAAGAAAAGGACCACCUCUCCUCCUGCGUACACUGGUGCCAUCCCCCCCCCUCUGUGAUUUGUGUUUUUAUUAAGGGAAGAAACCAGCCAACAUCUCCACAUUGCUGAUGGAGCCAAACGCCAAUUUGUAAAGUUUAAUAUAUGUAUAUGACCGAAGCACUACGUCCCCCCCCAUCCCCCGUCCCCCCCGGAUGCUGACCUGCUGAGAAACAUGAUGAUGACUUGUCAUGAAUUACACUGUGACUGGUCUGGACUGUUGCCUUUAUGAUUGUGGCGCGAGCUGCUCUGAGGUAAAGGUCACAUUUAAAAAGGCACUGCGAUGCCGGCUGGGCUUGAAUGUAAAACUACAGGCGGACAUGAAGUCGUACGUACACGUCUGCUCCCAACAACAAGUGAUGCUGCUCGUGAAGUGUGAAGCAGCUCACUUCUCCUUUGAGUGGACGAGUUUGUUGUGAAGGAAAGAACUGAUUUGUUCACUUGUUUUAUUUCAGUUGUGUAACUGAAGCGGACAUGAGAUUUAUUGUCUUUAGUUAAUCAGCAUAAAGCAUUUACAUUUUACACGUGAAGGUACGAGAUGUUUGAAGACACUGGGACACUUUCACUUGUUUUAUUUCAGUUGUGUAACUGAAGCGGACAUGAGAUUUAUUGUCUUUAGUUAAUCAAUAAUAAGCAUUUACAUUUUACACAUGAAAGUACAAAACGUUUGAAGACACUGGACCAAAAUCUGUUUAAAGCCACAAAUCAUGAAAACAAGAAACGUUGGACUCCACAGAAAAGAAAGGCAUAGAAACAAAAAUAGACAUAUUUUGGUAAUAAUUACACGAGUGUGUAUUAAAGCCUAUAGCAUAGAUUUUAAAUAGAAGUAUGAUGGAUCAAAAGAUUCUUCCUCUGGGCUUCAGGAAUGCUUGAGUAGAUGAAGUACGCCCUCUUGUGGCUGUGUGAUAUCAUAGCACACUAUGUGGUCCACUCAUCUAACUGUGCUUAACACUGUCCGAAGCCAACGUCGAUCCAAACCACAAAAACAUUGGAGGUGAAUCUUCUCUGUGCUUGAUUUUAAUGAUUGUAAUUCUGUUCUCGUCAACAGUCUGCUUAAGCCCGUGUUCAAAAGAUUUGUAAAUAUUGCUGUACAUCCUUUUUUUGUAAAUGAAGCAAACGAAAAGGUUUAAUAAAUAUGAAGAUGCACAACAUCGAACCUCUCUGGGAUUUGUUUUCUGCAAAAGAAAUGUUGAUGAAACCGGCACUUGCAUGAUUUUUUAAGACUCAGUGGUAAGAAA